AUGGGUCUUGCUGAUCUUAAAGGAGAAACCAAAAGAAAGUCCAAUCUCCAAAUCAGUGCAUCUGCAGCUUCUUCGUCUUCUUCCUCUUCUCCUGCCAUGGAUAUUGAUCAAAUCAAUACCAAUGUUGUUAUAGGCACGGAGGUCGUAUCCCCAUCCCUUGAUCCCCAAACCGGCGUUGAAUCGAAAGAUGUCGUUAUCUCACCCGAAACGGGCGUAGCUGUCAGGAUUUACAUCCCCAAAGCCACCAUCCAGACCCAAAAAAAGCUUCCCGUUCUUAUUUACUUCCAUGGUGGUGGCUUUUGCAUCGAAACUGCUUUCUCUCCACAGUACCACAGGUACCUUAACUCCGUCGUGUCCGAAGCCAGUGUCGUUGCUGUCUCUGUAGACUACAGGAGAGCCCCAGAACACCCUCUUCCUGUUGCUUAUGAUGAUUCAUGGGCUGUGCUUAAAUGGGUCGAGUCACAUGCUGAUGAGAAGGGGCCCGACGAAUGGUUGAAAAGCCAUGCUGAUUUUGAAAGAGUGUUUCUUGCCGGGGACAGUGCUGGGGCUAAUAUUGCCCACCACAUGGGAUUGAGGGUGGGCGCAGAAGGAUUGCACGCUGGUGUUAAGCUAGAAGGAAUUGUUUUAGUGCAUCCAAAGUUAUGGGGCCAAGAACCGGUCGGUAACGAAACAGCGCGGGCUGAGAAGAAAGCAAAAAUCGAGGAUUUGUGGCGUUUCGUUUACCCGGCGACAAGUGGGAGCGAUGACCCGUAUAUAAACCCCGCUUCGGAUCCGAAACUGGGAAGCUUAGGGACAGGGAAAGUGCUGAUUUGUGUUGCAGAGAAGGAUUUGUAUAAAGAUAGGGGUUGGUAUUACCGCGAGAUAUUAGGGAAGAGUGGGUAGGGAGGUGUUGUGAAGGUGUUCGAAUCAGCAGGGGAGGGCCAUGUGUUCCAUUUGAAGAAUCCAGCUUGUGAAAAUGCCAGAGCUUUGCUCCAGAGGAUUGUUUCUCUCAUCAAUCGGGGCGAGCUCUGACUCUGAGAGACAGAGCACCGAGCUCACGAACUCAGCUCUCUGCCAAAGCUUCAAGAUCCACUCCACCCCACCGAAAAGUCUGAACUUUUUACUAACCAGAAGAUUGCUCACCUGCAAAAGCCACGACGAUCGAUCUACGAUACCCGGUUGUAAAAUACCCACUUUUGAACGGGGACAAAUCAAAGCUCGGGAUUGAUAGGGAAUGGU